UGGUAUAAAGUUAUUAGUUACUUACUUCAGCCGGUGUAUGAAUGUAUUGUUUGUAGGUAAUUGAAAAUAAUCAAUAACGGUUACGAUGGAUCUUCUUCCGGUACUGUUUGUUGGCCUCCUGGGUGUCGCCGCAUACUUUCACACCACGAACCCUCACAUGGUGCAAUCAGUUCGCCACAUUGCUACAGGCAAACCUGGAUGUCUACCUCUAGAGAGCAUUGGUAAUGUGACCUUCCACUAUUUCGCUGGUCGGGGCCGCGGUGAACACAUUCGCCUGCUCAUGGAGGAUGGUGGAAUCAGUUAUACGGAGACGCAUUACACCCGGGAAACCUGGCCUGCGGCCAAGGAACAAGGCUUGAAGUCUGGGCUUUACACAUUUGGACAAGUGCCCGCUAUUGAAACUACGUCUGGUCUUCGCCUUGCCCAAUCGACUGCCAUUCUGAGGCACCUCAGCCGUGCGUCGGGCUAUGACUGCGACUGCGACGACUACUCCUGGUGCGAUGUGCUGGCGCUUGGUGUUGAGGAUCAGACAACCAAGAUGGGCCGCGUCGUCUGGGCAGCUGACCUGGAUGCAGAGAAGCGCCGUACGUACCUGAAGGAGGCACGCACAUGGAUUGCAUACUACGAGCAACACGCCCCGGCCGGUGAGCCGGCUGCCAACCGUGGCUACUUCACAAGUGGUGGCCGUAUCACUUGGGUGGACUUUGCCAUCUUCAACUUCCUUGAUGCGCACAAGGCAUUCGCAGAGGUCGCCAUGGAAGGUGACAAAUCACCGGCCGACAACUUCAUGGCCGAGUUCCCUCGCCUGAGCGCCUUCUACCAACGCUUCAGUCAGCGUCCACAGGUUGCUGCCUACCUCGCCAGUGAGCGCCGUCACCCCUACUCUCUGCCGAAGAAGAGCUAAAUGCUGAUCGUCAUCAUACAGUACACGUAACCAGCCAGAUCCUUGUUCACGGCACCUCAUAGUGCUUUCGUCUAGGCUGUCUAGGCUAAUGUUGUUCUUGUCAUGUCCCUCCGAGUACAUGUACAACUACUGGUUUAGAUCAUCUCAUCUCCCUCUCUAGCUUAUGCCCUUCUGCGCACUUCGGUGUUGUUAUCUCUAGUUAUAUUGUAGUAAGUUACGCAGUAGCCCAGGUGGUGGCUGGCUGUUCUCCCUUCUUACAAGUACUUCCAUUGUGUUAUCAUCUUAUUUUUUUAAAUAAUAAACACCCAGUUGUGAAGCGGUACUGAUAGCUUAUGCGCCGGCGUUUAGCUCUGAAGCUGCAGUGAACUCUGGGCGUUGGAUUUAUUUGUGUUAAUCAUUUGCCCAAGGCCUCUA